AUGACUGAAGUCCUGGUGGAACUAAAAACCUUGUCAAAAGGUUUUAGGAGGUGGUAUGGACAAGAUCUUAUUCUGUUGAGGGCUAGACCCAAGAAACUCGGAUUAUUUUUAAUUUCAGGGACUGCUUAUGUUCACGGUUUGAAGCAUGCCUUGGGCAAUUUUGUCCUAAUCAUGGACGCGGACUUAUUGCACCAUACAAUCGAUCGAAUUUUACUCCGUAAACUUACAAGAGAAAACAACGCUUCCGCCGCACUCCAUUCCUUUGCACUCGACUUGCUAAUGCAAGAGGUCGUCAAAGAUAUGCGUCAUAAAGCGCCCAACAGCAAAUGGAGUUGUGAGCUUCUUCUCUUCUUUUCCCAUAUCUCCAAAAGAUAUGUCACAGGAACGAGAGCUGCUUUGUACUCAAAGCAGAUGGAAAAUGGGUGA